AUGCCCUGCUCUGAAGCGACACCCGUCAUCUCCCCCAGCAAGCGGCCCCGGCCUGCGGAGGACAGCAUGCGGCUCCGCUUUGUCCGGCUCUCAGAGCACGCCACCGCCCCGACCAAGGGGUCCGCGCGGGCUGCAGGCUACGACCUGUACAGUGCCUAUGAUUAUACACUACCACCUAUGGAGAAAGCCCUUGUGAAAACGGACAUUCAGGUAGCUCUUCCUUCUGGGUGCUAUGGAAGAGUAGUAGCUCCCCGUUCUGGCUUGGCUGCAAAACACUUCAUCGAUAUAGGAGCUGGCGUCAUAGAUGAAGACUACAGAGGAAAUGUGGGUGUCGUACUAUUUAAUUUUGGCAAAGAGAAGUUUCAAGUCAAAAAGGGCGAUCGGAUUGCACAGCUCAUUUGUGAACGGAUUUUUUAUCCAGAAAUAGAGGAAGUUCAGGUUUUAGAUGACACUGAAAGGGGUUCAGGAGGUUUUGGUUCCACGGGGAAGAAUUAACAUUUAUGCCAAGAAUAGAAAAUGAGGAAACGUACUUUUUUCUUAAAAAUAAAGAGUUUUUGCUUAGUGUUUUGGUGUUUUGCACAUCUGUAAACAUAAUAGCUUUAGCUUCUAAAACUGUUUGGUUCUCUUAGGAUUUAGGAAAAGAUACCUGUGUUGGGGUCCCAUAAAACCUUACUUAUGUUUUUACACAUCUGAUUGUUGUAUAAAUCUGUGUGGUGACCUAAUACAAGCUGUUUAUUUUUUUAAUUAAAUGUUUAUCAAUUACAGAUCCAAAAAACCCUGUAUUAUUUAAUUCACUGAAAGCUUCCUC